AUGGCAUUCUUGUUUGGCCGCGGCAAGGCCAGGUCCAACCAGGAGUUGACUCGGUCGACCAAAGAUUUGAUGCUGAAGCUAACCGCUGAGGACAAGCCUUCACAAAAGAUCGAGGAAGAAGUCGCACGGAAUCUUGGCCAGAUGAAGGUUAUCCUUCAAGGUACCCCCGAACUCGAUGUCAGCCCCGACCAGGUCUUCCAGCUGGUCAACCUCCUCGUUACCGAAGACCUUUUACGAGUCCUCGCCGAAAACAUCCAUCGUCUACCAUUCGAGUCCCGCAAAGAUACACAGACUGUCAUCUCGACAGUCCUGCGAUACAAGCAACCCGGCGAAGAGCAGCCCAUUGCCUUACAAUAUAUCAUCACUACCCGUCCUGAAGUCAUCAUUGCACUUUGCAAUGGUUACGAUCGUCGCGAGAGUGCUAUGCCCUGCGGAGGAAUUUUGAAAGAGGCUUUGAAACAUGACGCUGUCACCGCCCUGAUCCUCUACGACGAACCAAGCCUACACGGUCAGCCCCUGGAUCUGGGUAGCAUCGAUACCGACCAACCUGCCUCGGGACAGGGUGUAUUCUGGAAGUUUUUCGACUGGAUUGACAAGAGCUUGUUUGAAGUUAGCACUGAUGCUUUCGACACUUUCCGCCAAAUUCUCGUACGGCACAAACCUAUGGUCGCCAAGUUUAUUGAUACAAACUUCGACCUCUUCUUCGACAAGUACAACAACAUCCUUAUCAAGUCGGAAAGUUAUGUCACCAAGCGCCAAUCCAUCAAGCUUCUUGGUGAAGUCCUGCUGGACCGUCAGUUCUACGAAAUAAUGACCCGUUUCGUCGAGUCCGGCGACAACCUCAAGCUCAUCAUGUGGCAGUUGAAAGAUGAUCGCAAGAUGGUGCAAUAUGAAGCCUUCCACGUCUUCAAGAUUUUCGCCGCAAACCCCAACAAAUCACCCGACGUCAAGCGCCUAUUGACCAUGAACCGUCAACGCUUAUUGGACUUUUUGCCGAACUUCUUAGCCGACCGUACGGAGGACGAUCAGUUCUCGGAUGAGAAGAGCUAUCUCAUCAAACAGAUCAAGCUGUUGCCCCAAACACCUGGUCAGCAACCGAGAACAGCAACCCAGGAAUCAUCGAGAUAG